UCCAAGGAAGGCUGAGUAAAGGAGAGCACAGUUUUCCUUUUCUGAGUUUUUCCUUCGCCUCUGAGAAAGUUUGAGAAGAAAGAAGAAACUCUUUUGAUUAGGAGGGAAGUUAUCUAAACAACAGAAUACAAACGCAGAAUAGAAGGUCGUAUUUAUUUUUAGCGUAUUUUUGAUUGAAUUGGUAGCACGUGGCAGCAGGCUCUGCCACAGGACUGAGGUCAUUCAGUGAUUUGUUCUUCUCUGGAAAAGCUGUUUCUGUUUAUUCAGAAGCUGCACGACUAAGAAAGCACAAUGGUUGCUGGAAUGGUAAUGCCCCUGGACAACCUGAAGGCCAUCUAUGAGCAUCUGUUUCGGGAUGGCGUCAUGGUGGCCAAGAAAGACAAGCGGCCUCAGACCAAACACCCUGAGAUUCCUGGCGUGGAUAACCUGCAGGUAAUAAGAGCCAUGGGCUCGCUGAAGUCCAGGGGGUAUGUGAGGGAGACCUUUGCAUGGAAGCAUUACUACUGGUACCUCACUAACGAAGGGAUUGUCUACUUGCGUGAUUACCUGCAUUUGCCUCCGGAGAUCAUUCCCACGCCGCUGCAGAGAGUACAACGGCCAGCUGCAACUCUGGCCAUCGGCCGCAGGGCAGAACGGGUUCAAACGGUUCAGGGUCCAACGUCUUAUGUUCCCAAACCCGGCAAGGUGGGUGCAGAAAAGCAAGAGGCUUUGCUGGAUCGACAGGAGUAUCGUCGCAAAAUGGCGAGCAUGGAUGAUGCUGAAAUGACUGAAUCCAAUGAGAGAACACCAAGAUUUAGAGGUCGUCCAAUGGCUGGUGCUCAGAUCAGACCCAGGGAAUCCAAAGAGCAGCCCAUGCUUUCUGAUACUCGUGAUAACACAAAAGAGAUGGAUACAAGUGUUAGGAGGAAGGUUGCUAUACAUUUGGUCUCUCAAAUGCCUUCUAUAGAAACCCACCAUGCCAAGCCAGUUAAACAGGAAAAGAUGGUGGAACUCAAGGAAUGCACCAAGAUGGCGUUUGUUCAGAAAACACAAAAGGUUAAUGUGAGCCAAGAUGUGCCAACCAUUUCUUCUAACGUGGGUGCAACAGCAGCGGAAUCCUCUUUGUUUUCUGUCCAUACUGAAGCAGUCAAAGAAAAGCCCAAAGAAGAAGUGUCAAUCAAGGUCUCACAUGUAACAACAUACACAGCAGCUGCAGAUGGCAAAAUGGCUAAGGAUGCUCGUCAUUCAAUUCCCUCAAAACCAAAGGUGGAGAAAGCACAAAAAAAUAUUGUGAUGAAAAAUGUGCAAAAUGUGCCUGCCAUUUCAUCAGCAGUGGAAACAUCUUUAUUUUCGGUCCAUACUGAAGCAGUCAAAGAAAAGCCCAAAGAAGAUAUAUUGGUCAAGGUCUUCCAGCAAACCACAUCCACUGAAACAGUUAAAGAUGCUCCUCAACCCACUGCCUCAAAACUGAAGGUGGAGAACACACAGAGAACUACUGUGGCCAAAAAUGUGCAGGAGGCUUCAUCAACAGUUGAGGCAACAUCAGGCAAAUACUCAGUGUCAGCUGUUCCUACUGAAGCAGCAAAAGAAAAGCCUAACGAAGAGUUGUUUAUUAAGAUCUCUAAGAAAACCACAUCCGCAGUUGCAGACAAUAGCAAAAUGGCUAAAGAUGCUCCUGGACCUACUAUCUCAGAACAGAAGGUGGAGAAAAUGCAGCAAACCUUGGUGCCAAAAAGUGUUCCAGCUGUUUCAUCAGCAGUGGAGACAACUGCAAUGAAAUCCUCUGUCUUAACUGAAGCAUUCAAAGAAAAGCCCAAGGAAGAUGUGUGUAUCAAGGUCCCUCAAAUCACAUCCAAAACAGAUAAGGAUAACAAAUCAGAUAAGGAUGCUUCUCAUCCUAUUCCAUUGCAACCAAAAGUGGACAAAACGCAGAAAACCACAAAGACAAAAAAUGUGCAGGAUAUAGCAACUGUUUCAUCAAAUGUGGAGGCAACAGCAGUGCAGUCCACUAUAUUUCCUGUCACUGCUAGAGCAGCUGAAGAAAAGCCCAAGGAAAAAGUGGAAACUACACCCAAAGGUGAUAGCAAAAUAUAUAAGGAUCCUACUUGUCCCACUUUGUCAAAAUCAAAGGUGGAGAAAACGCAGCAAGCACCUGUGACCAAAAAUUUGCAGGAUGUGGUAACCAUUUCAUCAGGAGUGGAGACAAGUACAGUGAAAUCCUCUGUCUCUGCUAAAGCAGUCCAAGAAAAGCCCAAGGAAGAAAUGUGUGUCAGUGUCUUCCAGGAAACCACACCCAAAGGUGAUGGCAAAAUAGAUAAGGAUCCUUCUCAUCUUACUGCAUCAAAACCAAAAGCAGAGAAAACACAGAAAACCAAAAAGACCAAAAAAGUAUCUCAGGAAAUUGUAUUCACAGUAACUGAUGAUAGUCAAAUGGCUAAGGGUGCUCCUCAUCCUACUCUAUCAAAAUCAAAGGUGGAGGAAACCCAGAAAACUAAAAAUAUGCAGGAUGUGGCAGCAGCUUCGUCAACAGGAGAGACAACAGCAGUGAAAUCCUCUGCAGUUUCUGUCUUUACCGAAGCAGUCAAAGAAGAUCCCAAGGAAGAAGUGUGUGUCAGUGUCUCUCAAAAAACCACACCCAAAGGUGAUAGCGAAGAGGGUAAGGAUGCUCCUCAUUCAUCAAAACCAAAAGUGGAAAAAAUGCAAAAAAACACAAAGACCAAAAGUGUGCAGGAUAUACCAACUGUUUUAUCAACAGCAGUGCAAUCCUCUGCAGUUUCUGUCCCUACUGAAGCAGUCAAAGAAAAGACUAAGGAAGAUCAAAACGCAUAA